AUGUUGGGCGUGUGGAACUCGAUCUACUUCCGUCGCUUCGAUAAAGACGAUCGAGUUGGGAUCGACGAGGAUGCGGAGGAAACUGAGGUACGUAUGCGCCUUUAAUUCAGGGCUUCCCCCCCUCUAAUUACAUGUUUGGCUUCGUUUUCGUCUCCAACUGUUCUCUGACGUCUAAACACCUCUCGUAGUAGUAGUAUUAUUUGUUUUUAUCUGCCAGGCUUGCUCCGAUAUCCGAUUGUGUUCUACAUUUAUUCCAAUUUCCUGUCAUGAAAGGAAUACGCGUUAUAGUUGUUUAGUAGACAUGCUUGGAAAUUUCUUAGGACACGAGUUCAAUGAAUCAUAACUGCACUUGCCCAAUAAUGUAAUUCCGAUCGAAUCAGGUCAGUAUCAAAUUGAAACAAGGUGACGAGGAAGCGAAUAAAUAACUACAAACUUGAUUAUUCACAAGUUGUCAAAGAUCAACAGAGGCUGUAAUUUGUGUGGAAUGUGUGUGAGCUAAGCCGCUUAAAGCUCACACAUUGGUCACGAGGUUCGAGGAGCCUUCUGGCUAUUCUUGAGUUGUUCACAGUUCUGACAAGCACUGCAGAAGUCAUUUUGUGUCAAUCUAUUCCUAUCACCAUUUCACAGAAACCGCUGCAAUCUCUUUCACGCUCGAAUCUUUCGUCUGUACGCUUCGAAUCCCAAUUAUCCGUUGUUCUCCUCAUUUUGUGCGUACAUGUGUGUCGGACUUUUUUGCUUCGACCAUAAAUUUCCCUUAUUUUUUCUCUCAUUUCGAACGUUUCACUUCAAAUGUCGCUCAAAACGAUCAGAUUAUGCGAAUGUGCGUGGAUGGAGGGUUUCAGACGACGAAAACAGCUGAAAUUUGCGGCCGGAAACAAUUCUCACACUUUUUUUCAAUUUUCGCCAAACUCGGCCAGACUCUGCGCGGGAGAUUGGAUUCUGCUCCCUCCGUAUCCGGUCAAUCAGCUCAAACCACUAUAUAAUAGUCUACAUUGUCGGUUUUUUGAUCACGCGGCGCAAAAGCCGUUUUGAUUAGUCCCCCCCCCCCCAUUUGUCACAUUUUAUCAGCAGAAGAAUUUUUGUUUGUUCGUUCUUGCAAACUUCUUCUUGCAAACCUACAGACUUCCGAGUUCUAUGGUUCAUUGGAGAGACAAACUUUUUCCGUCUGAAUUAUUUUUAGCCAGCUUCACUGAUUUUCACGCAAACUCCUUUGUGAGCAGGUAAGAAUCACACAUUUUGUGUUCUUCCAACUUCUAAGACCCAUAUCUCAAGAACCAAUGAUCAUUUCCAAAAACGGUCAACUAAAAAGUUGUUUAAAAUUUCCCGCUGAACAUUUUUCUAACAGACAGUUUUGUACCAAAAUGCUCCAUUCUCAAGUUAUGCGCCUCUUUCUGAUCAGUACCGGUUUUAUCGGUUUUCAAGUGAAAAUCCGGUAGUAACCAGUGAAAAUUGGCAAUGAAUCGGUGAAUUACUUUUCAAUUUCAGUGACAUGCUUCUUUAUAGGUGAAAUUAUCAAAAUUUCCCGUAUUUUGAGUGAAGAAAUGCGAAACAUUUGGGAUUUUAGUAAUGUUUGAUCAUUCCGACUGUUCAAACGCUCAAAAUACGCAAUUUUUCGUCUCCAAACCGCCAUUUUCAAGCAAAUUUCUUAGUUUUCUCGGAAAUAACAGAAAUUUUCUGAAAUCUUCUCCGCGCUCGUCAGAAAUCACACAUUUGCGCUGAAAAUCUCGAGUCUGAGGGGCAGGUGAACAAUUUUUGGACUCUUGGCUCAGACUUCAGUCACGCCAGUUCAAUAUUUUCCACACACACACACACACACGCAAACUCUCCCAAGCGCACAUUUUUGCUUUUUCUGCACAACUUGCAUCAACCCCACAAUUUACUUUGAGCUCUUCAUCUCUUUUUGUCAUUGUUUUCCGGAACUUUGGAGCCUACAACAUUCCUGAAAAUUCGCAGAAAAUUGAGAAAAUGAGGGCAUUAGGCCUACAAAUUAAAACUUGAUUUAAUCUGAUUUUGCGCGAUUUUUGCCCCAAUUUUCUUGAAAAAACGCCGCGUGACGGAUUUUCGCCGUUUUUCGUACGGUAACAUUAAAGGCGCAGCAUUCGAAUUGCGGAAAUUUCGGCAACUUCGAAUUUUCGUCAGUUUGUGCGCAAUUUUCUCAAACCGUUCGGGGAACUGGCAAUUUUUUCAAAUUUCCAGGGACUUUUUGUGAACGUCGCCAAUAACAGAGUUAAUAACGCGGUUUUUUCGAGAAUUUUCAGAAAAAUUAACAUUUUGCUGAUUUGUACCGGAAAAAUCGUCGAAAACACCUAAUUCUCACGUCGUUGGCCUAGAAUUUGAGAAAAAUGGAAAAGCGAUUGCAGUAGAGCGCGCUAGCUUUGUUCUGGCGUUUUCUAGGCCACGAGGCCACGUCACCAUUCCUGCUUCCCUCCCAUUUAGUUUGUUUUUCUGUGUGAUUUGUGUGGACCAAAUGAAAUUUCACCUGGGAUAAUAGCCUGAUAAUGCGCUCACAACAUGCUACUGCUGAUGCUAAUUUCCCUUUUUCACUCGACAAUAACACAUUGGUGUCUGGUUGGAGAGCGACUGAGUCAUUCGGCUGCUCGGGAGCACGCAAUUGUGCUCCUUUUCCGGGCGGCUCCAUCCAUGUUCUUGGCUCUCUUUGUCCGCACAAAAGUCCGCACGUCCUUUCUGUAUGCUCGGCUCCGCAUCCGUUAGAGCUCAAUCCUUUAAUCCUUUCGCUUCGGUUCAUCAGAUCAACUCCAUUUCCCGAAAUAGUCAUGGGAAAGGAAAACGACUGGAAAUUGACUCCCGCGCACUUUUUCAUUCAUUUUCCCACCCCGAUUCUAGAAAAGAGGGCUAAUUAUAACGUGUGUGUGUGUGUGUGUGUCUUGUGCCCGAGACUAUUUGAUUCUUGAAAAAAAGGUUCGUGCCCAAAGUAUAUUUCCAUCGAACAUACAAAGUUCGUCUAGACCUUGUCAGCCUAAAACCGCGUUCCAAAUCAAAUUACUCAUAUUUCAUGAUUUGUGUGUGCAAAUAUUUUCAAGGCAGCUCGCCUACAAUCAACCCGCAAUUCAGUGCCCAAGACCCCAGGGGGGGCUGGCUGAGAAAAGGAACUAGAUACUGAAAAGGGAAGGAAAAUUGAGAGAAGAACAAAGACGAAAACAUGUCUGCUCAAUGUCUCUAUCUGAAAUACCGAGAAUCCUUUGUUCCGCUCCUCCUCUUGAUUAGCCGACUGACUGACUGACUGACUGAGAGAAACGAAUACAAGAAUGCGUUCGUUAGCGUGCACUCACCGGCUGAUUGACGUGUGCGUCAUUGAGUCAAAGUCGAAGAACACCUGCUGCUUCCGUGACGAAUCCCUGCUUUUCAUUGUCACUUUUUCACAUUCCACUUCUUUUUUUUCUACGCGCUUCUCCGGUUCCGGUUAGAGCUUCUUGGGUCUUCAAACGGUACUAUUUCACACGUUUCAUCUGACUAUGAGCCUGGUCGAAAUCUGUAAGUUAUCUGUAAAGUUUGACUCAUUAGGAUUCAGUUGGCAGUACAAACACUGUACUAUGCGCGUGAAGCAUAUAAACAACUAGAAUGUCUAUAAAGGAAGUGAGGUGAGAUCCGCUAUCCGUAUUCCAUAAAAUGAUGUGCGUUAGAUCCCUAUAACUUCAAUUCAUAGAACAUGGGAUUCCUGGUUCUGUUCUCAGGUACAAUGAAGGGAUGAACAGAUCCGUUUUGACACCACUCAUCCAGAACAGAGCCGAUCUCUUGAUCCUUGAAUAGAUCCCUUGCCAUUCCACUAAUGAACGCCCCAUAUAUUCUGCUGCCUUCUCACUUUCCAGUCUAGAACCCCGCGAGUUCUUUGAUGACCUCCGCCUCCUUUUGCCCCCACUUCUUCGCCGUCACUUCCCCUCCACUUUCCAAGUCCCAAACUCGAUUACCGUCCGUCUCCCCGUCCUCCCUUCCAUUCCACGUCAACCUUGGCGGCGACAAGACCAGAGACCUUCAGUUCAAAACAGGGUAACGGUUCCGCGCGGCAAAUUGAUCUCCGCGGAAUCGGCGCGUGGAAGGUACGCGCACACCUCCGUUGUGCGGCAAAACCGAAUGGGGGCGGAGACCACAAAAGGGAACAAUUGUAGUUGUGUGGUCGGAUUAUAUAAGAGCUCAAGCUCUCAUGGAAAAAUCUCUAGAGUGAGUGAGUGCCCCAAUUCAAUUUGCCGGUCCUCUAAGAGCUUCUUCUUUCUCUUUCCUGUGUCAGUUAUGAGGAAGUGAGGAGGGUCCCCCCGGGCCUCACAAAAUGAUGUCAUUCCCAGAAGUGCUCUAAUGAAUCACAACGUUUCUUAUCAGGCUUCUUCCUCUGUUUUCGUCACCUUUGCUGAUCUCAUUCUCAAUUUCCGACUUAUCCUCAUACUCUCUUCCACUUUCAGAUGCUCCUAGAACACGCGCUCCUCUACAUCGCCGUGCCGAUCAUUAGCUUCAGCCUUCUCGUCUACAUUUUCUACAUUUUGAAGCGAAGACAUCGAAGUGCGAUGAACAUUGGCUAUCCGUACCCGCCCCCGCAGAGAGGUACAUUCAAUUUAGUCGUUUGAGGUAAAAACAACACAAAACAUCGUUUCAGGACCGAUUCCAACGGCGCCGGUUGACGAAGAAGCGCCGCCGUACGGAGAGGCGGUCACGUGUCGGACUGAUAAUAUUUUCGCCAUCACAGGUACUGAUUGUCUGGAUGAUGAUUAUUGGGUGUCUGCGAAAAUGAGUCAGUGCAAAGUUCGAGACCUUUAAUCUUGUUAGAGCUUUACCAGAGGACGGAAAAGUCUACGGGGGACUGGAAAUUUUGAAGCUAUAACUUCCCUCAGAAACAUUACACUUAUGAAUGUAUGAAACGCACUUGUCCAGAUUAGACUUAGGAUUAAGCUUCAGCUUAGACUUAGGCUCAGGCUUGUAAAAGAGACUCAAAACCCGAAUAUUAUCCGUUUGCAGAGCCUGACCUCUCCCGCUACUACAACUUCCAAUACGUCGACGAGUGCUAUCCUCCGAACUUUAUCGCGCCGCCGUCGGAACCGCCGCCACCGUACCCGGGACUCGAGAAAGGACCUCCGCCAUUGGACCCGAUUGUCUAUCACCGCGAUGACAUUUGCUAG